AUGGCCGCUCAAAAGAAUCGCAAGGACUGCGGCAAGCUGGUCCUGCUUUGCCUCGUCUUUGGUUUGCUUUGGGAGGCCGGAGCUCGGCAGAUCCGCUACUCCAUUCCUGAGGAGCUGGGGAAAGGCUCUUUCGUGGGCAACAUCUCCAAAGACCUGGGGCUGGAGCCCGGGGAGCUGGCAGCGCGCGGAGUCCGCAUCGUCUCCAGAGGUAGGACGCAGCUUUUCUCUCUGAACCCGCGGAGCGGCAGCUUGGUCACCGCGGGCAGGAUUGACCGGGAGGAGCUCUGCGCUCAGAGCGCGCGGUGUCUGGUGAGCUUUAACAUUCUUGUGGAAGACAGGGUGAAGCUUUUCGGGAUAGAGAUAGAAGUAACAGAUAUCAACGACAACGCCCCAAAAUUUCAAGCAGAAAAUCUAGACAUAAAAAUUAAUGAAAACGUCGCUCCAGGAAUGCGUUUUCCUCUCCCGGAAGCUGUCGAUCCGGAUGUGGGCGUGAACUCCCUCCAGAGCUACCAGCUCAGCCCCAAUAAGCACUUCUCCCUGGGAGUUCAGAGCCGUGCCAAUGGCGUCAGGUACCCAGAGCUGGUGCUGGAGCACGCCCUGGAUCGCGAGGAGGAGGCGGUUCACCAUCUGGUCCUCACUGCCUCCGACGGGGGUGAUCCUCCCCGGUCUGGCACUGUCCUCGUCAGUGUGACUGUCUUCGAUACAAACGACAACGCUCCUGUCUUCACUUCGCCGGAAUACCGAGUGAGUGUUCCUGAGAACUUGGCUGUGGGCACUCAGCUGCUGACGGUCACCGCCAGCGACAGGGAUGAAGGAGCCAAUGGAGAGGUGACAUAUUCAUUCCGAAAAUUACCUGACACACAAUUGUUGAAAUUCCAACUAAACAAAUACACGGGGGAAAUAAAAAUAUCAGAAAAUCUAGAUUAUGAAGAAACAGGGUUCUAUGAAAUAGAAAUACAAGCAGAAGAUGGAGGAGCAUAUCUUGCAACAGCAAAAGUGUUAAUUACAGUAGAAGAUGUAAAUGACAACAGUCCAGAAGUGACCAUCACAUCUCUGUUUAGUCCAGUGACCGAAGAUUCACCUCUGGGAACUGUCAUAGCCCUUUUAAACGUGCAUGAUUUAGACUCUGGGAAGAAUGGACAGGUAACCUGUUCCAUCUCAGAGAAUCUACCAUUUAAGUUAGAAAAGUCUAUUGACAGUUACUAUAGGCUGGUGACGCAUAGAGCCCUUGACAGAGAACAGGUAUCCUCUUACAAUGUCACAGUAACAGCCACAGAUGGAGGGAGCCCACCUCUAUCGACAAAAACUCAUUUUACCCUGCAUGUGGCAGAUAUCAAUGACAACCCACCCACCUUCUCUCACAUCUCCUACUUUACCUAUAUCCCAGAGAACAACCCCAGGGGUGCCUCCAUCUUCUCAGUCACAGCCCUCGACCCAGACAGCAAAGAGAAUGCCCAGGUUGUUUACUCCCUGGCUGAAGACAUCAUCCAGGGCGCACCUCUAUCCUCCUAUAUAUCUAUCAACUCGGACACUGGUGUUCUGUAUGCACUCCGAUCCUUUGACUAUGAGCAGUUUCAUGAUCUGCAGAUGCAGGUGAUGGCCAGAGACAGUGGGGACCCACAACUCAGUAGCAAUGUGUCACUGAGCCUGUUCGUGCUGGACCAGAAUGACAAUACACCAGAAAUCUUGUACCCUGCCCUCCCUACUGAUGGCUCCACUGGUGUAGAGUUGGCACCCCGCUCUGCAGAGCCUGGAUACCUGGUGACCAAGGUGGUGGCAGUGGACAGAGAUUCUGGCCAGAAUGCCUGGCUGUCCUACCGCCUGCUCAAGGCCAGUGAGCCUGGGCUCUUCGUGGUGGGGCUGCACACAGGUGAGGUGCGCACAGCUCGGGCUCUGCUGGACAGAGAUGCACUCAAGCAGAGCCUCGUGGUGGCCGUCCAGGAUCAUGGCCAACCUCCUCUAUCUGCCACCAUCACUCUCACUGUGGCCGUGGCUGAUAACAUCCCUGACAUUCUGGCUGAUUUGGGCAACCUCAAGCCCCUGCAUGACUCUGAUGCCUCAGGCCUCACGCUUUACCUGGUGGUGGCGGUGGCUGCUGUCUCCUGUGUCUUUCUGGCCUUUGUCAUCAUGCUGCUGGCACUCAGACUGCGGCAUUGGCAUUCAUCGAGGCUGCGUCAGGCUGCUGGUGGUGGGUUGGUGGGCAUGCCUGCCUCACAGUUUAUGGGCGUGGAUGGGGUGCGGGCUUUCCUGCAGACCUAUUCCCAUGAGGUCUCCCUCACCGCGGACUCAGGGAAGAGUAACCUAAUCUUCCCUCAGCCCAACUAUGCAGACACGCUCAUCAGCCAGGAGAGCUGUGAGAAAAAGGAUCCUUUGUCUUUAUUAGAUGAUUCGAAGUUUCCCAUAGAAGAUACCCCUUUGGUUCCAGUGAGUUUUAUUUUUCUCAUGUCUUUCGUUUAA